UUUAAGACAUCGGUUUUGUCAUAUUUUCGCGCCAAAUCUGUUAAUUUUCCCUGCUUUUCGUAUAGUUAUUUUAGCUUUAAUUAAUUAAUAUUCUUAUUGAUUCGACAAUUAUCUGUUUUAAAAUUGUGUGAAAAAUCAUUGUUCAAUUAUGGAAGGUUUUGAUGAUCCAGGAGUUUUCUUUUCUGAUAACUUUGGUACUGAAGAGAAUGAGUCUCAAGAUCAGAUUAACCUACAAGCUGUAAAGAAGAAAUUUAAAGAGUUUAUACGCCAAUUUCACACUGGAAACUUUAAUUUCAAGUAUAGAGAUGCUCUAAAACGUAAUUAUAACUUAAGCCAAUAUUGGGUAGAAAUAAAUAUUGAAGAUUUGUCAAGUUUUGAUGAAGUAUUAGCAGAGAAGUUAUACAAAAAGCCAACUGAACAUCUGCCCAUAUUAGAAGAAGCAGCAAAGGAGUUAGCUGAUGAACUAACUGCACCAAGACCUGAAGGUGAAGAAAAAGUUGAAGACAUCCAAGUGUUACUGUCAUCAGAUGCACAUGCAUCUAAUUUGCGAGAGCUAAAAUCAGAAACUGUAUCCAGAUUAGUGAAAAUACCAGGCAUUGUUAUAUCAGCAUCUGGCAUUAAAGCGAAGGCAACCAAAAUAUCCAUACAAUGUCGUUCUUGCCGUAAUAUUAUACCUAAUUUGCCAGUCAAGCCAGGUUUGGAGGGAUAUGUUAUGCCCAGGAAGUGCAACACAGAACAAGCUGGCAGACCCAAAUGUCCUUUGGAUCCAUAUUUUAUAAUUCCUGAUAAAUGCAAAUGUAUUGACUAUCAGGUUUUGAAAUUGCAAGAAUCUCCAGAAAGCAUUCCGCAAGGUGAGCUUCCCCGCCACCUGACAGUGUAUUGUGAACGUGUGCUCUGUGAACGAGUUGCGCCUGGUGCCAGAGUCACUGUACUUGGAAUAUAUUCAAUCAAAAAAAUUGCAAAAAUAGGAAGGGAAGGCCGCGAUAAAGGAUCAGUUGGUGUCCGUUCGUCGUACCUUCGCGCUGUAGGUCUGACAGCAGAGGAAGGCGUCACUGGCGGCUUGCGCCCGUUCACAGCUGACGAGGAGGAACAAUUCAGGCGAUUGGCAGCCUCUCCUGACAUUUAUGAGCGCAUAGCAAAAUCUAUUGCGCCCAGCGUCUUCGGUGCUGUUGAUAUGAAAAAAGCUAUUGCUACAUUAUUAUUUGGCGGUUCUCGUAAAAGACUACCCGAUGGUUUGACUCGUCGUGGAGACAUCAACAUAUUGCUGCUCGGUGAUCCAGGCACAGCUAAAUCACAACUCCUAAAAUUCGUCGAGAAAGUUGCUCCCAUUGGCGUUUACACAUCAGGAAAGGGUUCCAGUGCUGCUGGUCUCACUGCUUCCGUUAUUCGAGAUCCCGGAAGUCGUAACUUUGUGAUGGAGGGCGGCGCCAUGGUGCUGGCGGACGGUGGCGUGGUCUGCAUCGACGAAUUCGACAAGAUGCGAGAAGAUGAUCGUGUUGCUAUUCACGAAGCUAUGGAACAACAAACAAUUUCUAUUGCAAAGGCUGGUAUAACAACUACUCUAAAUUCCCGAUGCUCUGUGCUAGCGGCGGCGAACUCUGUAUUUGGUCGGUGGGAUGACACGAAAGCCGAUGACAACAUAGACUUUAUGCCCACCAUCUUGUCAAGAUUCGACAUGAUCUUUAUUGUUAAAGAUGAACACGAUCAGAAUCGAGACAUUACAUUAGCGAAGCACAUAAUAUCUGUGCACAUGGGUGGCGACAGCGCGGAGCGGGAAGGUGACGCAGCGGCGGGCGAAUUGCCGUUAGCGCUUUUGCGGCGCUAUGCCGCAUACUGCCGCGCCCGCUGUGGACCGCGCCUUUCCGCUACAGCAGCUGAACGCCUCCGCGCCCGCUACGUACUCAUGCGCACAGGCGCUUCGCAACACGAGCGGCAAGCGGACAAGCGUCUCUCCAUACCUAUUACAGUCAGACAAUUAGAAGCAAUCAUUCGGAUAUCAGAAUCUUUAGCAAAGAUGCGUUUACAACCAUUUGCCACUGAGGCGCACGUAAAUGAAGCUCUUCGUUUAUUCCAAGUAUCGACACUAGAUGCGGCUAUGACAGGCAGUUUAGCAGGGGCUGAAGGAUUUACUACUGAGGAAGACCAUGAAAUGUUAUCACGUAUCGAAAAACAAUUAAAACGCAGAUUCGCAGUCGGCUCCCAAGUAUCAGAACAGACGAUUAUACAGGACUUCCUUAAACAAAAGUACCCUGAAAGAGCUAUUCUCAAAGUUAUCCAUACUAUGAUAAGACGCGGCGAAUUACAGCAUCGACUUCAAAGGAAAAUGCUUUACCGAUUAUCGUGACUUCCUUUUUUAUAUUUUAAACUUAAUACUUUUUUUAUUAUCUAAUUAAAAUUUUAAACUAAU